UAUUUCGAUUGUUGUUGCAGAUACUACAAUAAUUCUAAGCCGAAAAUACUAAAUAGAUCGUCCGAAAUAAUCAUUUCAUUCAGAUACUUCAACUGCGCGCGUACAACUAAAAAAUGGAAGUUGAAACGCUCUUGGAAGUCGAAACAUCUUUGGAGCAUGAAAAUUCUAAGGAAAUUCUUCAGGAGGAGUCCCAGCCAUUAAUUCUUUCGGGUCCAAAUCAAAUGGAAAUACAGGAAGAGGAAAAUAAUAUGAUCGAAGAACAAUUAGAAUCUCAAGAGCAAAGAGUCGAAAUUGGUGUAAAUUUGAAACAUCAAAUCGAUGUGAAAACGUUGGUUCAAGAAGAAACUAAACAAUAUAUUCAGAUGGAAGAAUUGAAAAAAAUCAUGAAAUCUUCAAUGGCACAGCAAAUGUCUGAGGUACAAGAGACUAUCGAGAAGCUCAAGGAAAAGAUUUUGCACGAAAAAGAUAAGCAACGUCUUGAAGAAAUAGAUGCGAGGAAUGAAAAGAAUAAACUUUUGGGACUGAAAAAUUUUACUGAAGCUACAAGACAAAUUGUCGACGUACUGAAGAGUUACAUCGAUAGUUUUGAACAACAAAUGGGUAAAUUGAAGUUUGAGGGACUGGAAAAAAAGGUAGUGAAGAAACACGAAGAAAAUUGUCAGAUGAUGAAUGAUAAAAUUACCGAAGGUAACAAAAUUGAAAGUGACUUAAAGAGCUUGAAGUCCGAAUACGAGGAGAUUUUAAUGCGACAUAAAAGUGAAUUGAACGAGUUACGCAUCAGUUUUAAAGCUGAGGAAGAAUUGCUUAAGUCGAAUUUGGAAUGUGCUUUGAAAGAAGAAGAACAACUCAGAGAUGAAUUGUCGAAGAUCGAUCAGAACCUGCAAGAAAAGAACGAAGAAAAAACCAGGAAUUCCGCCAAAAUAAAGGAAAUUUUCGAAUAUGCCAAUUUGAAGAACAGGGAAGAAUUGAAAUCUCGAAUUUUGAAAAUACAAGACCUAGAGACCAAACGUGAUGGAUUAUUGAAGAGUUCAGCUGAAUUGGCUACACAAGUAGCAGUACUUGAACAAGAAAAAUUGGGUCUCGAAGUACAGUUGGAAAAUUUACAAGAUGAACUGUCUAAAAUCGACCAAAAUGACGAUGACGAAAAUAAUGUAAAUGAAAUGGAGUUGAUUGAUUUGGAACAGGAGCAAGAGCAACUUGCAAAAGAGCUUGAAACAUUAAAUGAGCAAAUCAUGGAAACUAAAAAAGAACACGACGAAUUGGUUGAGACGAAUCAUGAAAAAGAGGUGGCUCUAUUGAAAGCUCAGAACACCCUUUCAAAUUUACAACACGAAUUACUCUUCCAAAAACAUUCCAACGAAAACGAUCAAAAUGAAAUCGAGAAGUUAAAAACUGAAGCUGGUGAAACAGAAGAUCUGAUUAAGAAAAAACAAGAAGAGCUGGAAAGUGCAGAAAAAGAACAAGAUUUGCUAGAAAAAACCAAGGAAGAAUACGAGAGUAAAAUGGAAAAACUUCCGCAAGAACUUUCGGAUAAAAAAGACCAAUUGAACUACCUGAGGAAUACGUUGCAAGUUCACUUGGAAAAUAAGUUGAGGGAUUUAAAGGGAAAUCUGGAGGAGAAGGAUAAAGCUGAAAAAAAGAAAUUCGCCGAUAUAGAGGCCGCUAACAAAAAGAAGAACGAUCUUCAUCAACGUUUGCGUAACCAUUAUUUGACGUUAAAAAGUUCGUCUUCUAUGUUAGAUCAACCGAAAAUCCAACGCGAAAGGGAUUCCCAACCAGAGAACGAUGAAGUCAUAGAAGCUGAAGGACCAUCGAAAGAAACUAGUCCAAAAAGCAUUCUGAAGUCUCCUGGAAAAACAACGGCUACCAUAACUCCAACAAAAAAUGUGAAAUUUGUGGGCAUUUCACCUUAUGCCUCAAGCAACAGCAGUGAUAUGGUGAACAUCAACAAUCCAGAGAAACCUGAUCCGUUUGAUGAAUUGAAGAGAAAUCUCAUUCAAAAUAGAAGAGUUUUUGAUUGAAUCAUUCACGUUUUCCUUUUUGUUCAGUUUGAAGUAAACGUACUAUAGUUUUAAUACAAUGUUAUUCGUUUAAACCAAUUGGAAUAAAGUUUGAAAAUGU